AUGGCUGAAAAAGUGGAGGAUGCGUUUCACAACUACUGGCUGACUACUAAGACGACGCCUAAGGUAGCCUUACGCUUCCUGUAUCUCCACGAGAUUGGUGAAAAAACUCUCGUUAACCCAAAAUUCAGCACGUGGAAGACAGCAGUGAUCGACGGUCUCCAGGCUCACGACGGGAACAGAGCUCUACUCCAGAUGUUUAACGCUGCGAAGGAAGAUCCCAGCACGAAGAAACUCGUCACUGAUCUACAGAGUGCUCUAAUCCUCAAGUGGCGAGAUGCGAAGCAGACACCAGUAUGCUCGAUGGCGUGCCAAACUCCCGUGAAAUGA